CAUCACUGACCUAAAAAAACGCUUGUAUGCGAUUGAGAAAAACGGCAUUACACAAACAGUAUUACACUCAGCUGUGUGUCAAAUUGAGGCGCGCCAGUUAGCCACUCAGCUCCGGUCUGGAAGGGAAGCAAGCCGUGCCAAAGCGGGCGGAGUCUGAAAAGCUCUGCCUAUCCUCCGGUCGUUCCUAGUUACCACAGCCAGAAGGUCAUAAACCUCGUUUAUUUCUAAAACGUAUCUUCUUAAAAUGUGAUUUUAAACCUAACCACACUGAUAACCACACCCUAACCUUGAAUUAAGACCAAAAAACUCAUUUUAGUUUUUGAUGAAUUUUUACGAUAGCCUAACGGACAAUACUGACGUUGUGACCGUGGUAACUAGUGGAAACCCUAUCCUCCCUCCCCCGGCGGAGGUGUACGAUCGUGGAGUCAAGCAAGAAGAGACCGUGAUUAACUGGCCAGAGAACCACGGUGUGGCUCCGGACUGAGAAUUCACUGCGACUCGGCAGAGCCCAAGUUUGCUACGAGACGGCCGCGACCACUGCGAGAACAGUUGGCUAGAGAACUCUCCGCCUUGACCGCCUGUCUGGAUAGCCCGCAUAGAGGCCGACAUCCCGCUACUUGCCGAAUACAGGACUGGAAACGACUGCAGAAUAGGACCCGUCAUAACAGGAAUAUUUAUCGGCGUCUGCUCGGCUAUUUCUCCCAGAAAUGGACGGUUUCGCCGGCAGUUUGGAUGACAGCAUCUCGGCGGCAAGUGCGUCUGACGUGCAGGAUCGUCUGUCGUCGUUGGAGCUGCGCGUCCAACAGCAGGAGGAUGAGAUCACCGUGAUGAAGGCGGCGCUGGCCGACGUGCUGCGACGCCUGGCACUCUCCGAGGACACGGCCGCCACCGGCAAAAAACAGACCAGCACCAAAGGCCAUAAUCCCCUGCGCGAGGCCUACUCGAUGUCCUGCAUCCCCAACGGCAGCUCCAGCAGCCGUAAGCCCAGCCAUAGAGACCGAGAGAGCUCCACAGUGUCCGUCGCCAGGAAGGAUACCUUCUCCUCAGCAGCCAAGAGCGGUCAGACAGCAGAGAGGAAAAAGGACACCCCUCCGAUGGAGGGCAUCAAGGAGAAGCAGGAGGGGCCCUCCCAGCCCAACCAGGCUAACGAUAAAGCCCCCCCUGCCAGCCCCAUGCAGUCCUCGCCGUCCCCCUCCAGCUCCAGCCACCCCCUCUCCCCACACCCCCCUCAGUCCCAAAGGCAGGCCCCGGAGAGCAAGGGCACUUCCCCAGCCAAAAGGGGUCACAGUGCGAAGCGGGGCGCGGGGAUAGAGCGUUCUCAGAGCAGCACGUGGGAGAGUGGCGAGGACAGCAGGAACAAGCUGGUGAAGGCUGCUUCCACCUCCAAGCUGCUGGCCAAGGUGGUGAAGAACGCAGACAAGCACAAAGACCCAGUGAUCAGCCAAGCCAAAAUGUCAACCCGUGAGAAAAACAGCCAAGCUGAGGGAGACUACAUCAAGAUGUUCAUGCGAGGUCGACCCAUCACCAUGUUCAUCCCCGCGGACGUGGAGAACUACGAGGACGUGCGCACAGAGCUUCCUCCAGAGAGACUCAAACUGGAGUGGGUGUAUGGCUACAGGGGGAAAGACUGCCGAGCCAACGUGUACCUGCUCCCGACAGGGGAGAGUGUUUACUUUAUUGCCUCUGUGGUAGUGCUCUUCAACUAUGAGGAGAGAACGCAGCGCCACUACCUCGGCCACACAGACAGUGUCAAAUGCCUUGCUGUUCACCCUGAUAAGAUCCGCAUUGCCACGGGACAGAUUGCAGGAGUGGAUAAGGAUGGGCGGCCACUGCAGCCCCAUGUGAGAGUGUGGGAUUCGGUCAGCCUGUCCACCCUGCAGGUCAUCGGCCUGGGCACCUUCGAGAGAGGGGUGGGCUCCCUGGCCUUCUCCAAAGCGGACUCGGGCACACACCUGGCGGUGAUUGACGAUUGUAACGACCACAUGUUGACUGUCUGGGACUGGCAGAAGAAAUCCAAGAUUGCUGAAAUCAAGUCUACAAAUGAGGUGGUGCUUGCGGUAGAGUUCCACCCUACUGAUCCCAACACCAUAGUAACCUGUGGCAAGUCCCACAUCUUCUUCUGGACCUGGGCUGGCACCUCACUGGCACGCAAGCAGGGCAUCUUCGGGAAAUAUGAAAAACCCAAGUUUGUUCAGUGUCUGGCCUUCCUCAACAACGGGGACAUCCUGACGGGAGACUCUGGAGGCAUCAUGUUGAUAUGGAGCAGGAGCACAGUGGAGCCGACCCCAGGGAAGGGACCCAAAGGUGCGUACCAGAUCAGCCGUCAGAUCAAGGCCCAUGACGGCAGUGUGUUCACUCUGUGUCAGAUGAGGAACGGGACCCUGCUGACCGGAGGGGGCAAGGACCACAAGAUCAUUCUUUGGGACCACGACCUCAACCCAGAGAGGGACAUAGAGGUCCCCGAUCAAUAUGGAACCAUUCGCGCUGUGGCCGAGGGCAAAGGGGAGCAGUUUCUGGUGGGCACUUCACGUAACUUCAUCCUGCGGGGGACGUUUAAUGACGGUUUCCAGGUGGAAGUGCAGGGUCACACAGACGAGCUAUGGGGGCUGGCGUCGCACCCCUUCAAGGACCUGUUCCUAACCUGUGCCCAGGACAGGCAGGUGUGCCUGUGGAACUCUGUGGACCACUCCCUGGAAUGGACCAGGCUCCUGGAUGAGCAUGGCCACUGUGCGGAUUUUCACCCCAGUGGUGCUGUUGUGGCCAUCGGUACUCACUCGGGAAAGUGGUACGCUCUGGAUGCAGAGACCCGAGACCUGGUGGCCAUUCACACGGACGGCAACGAGCAGCUGUCAGUCAUGCGCUUCUCCGUAGAUGGCACCCUGCUGGCAGUGGGGUCGCAUGACAACUUCAUUUACCUCCACACCGUGUCGGAGAAAGGCCGCAAGUACACCAGAUGCGGGAAGUGCAUUGGACAUUCCAGCUACAUCACACAUCUUGACUGGUCCCCCGACAACAAGUUCAUCAUGUCCAACUCAGGAGACUACGAGAUCCUCUACUGGGACAUUCCAAACGGCUGCAAGUACAUCCGUAACCGCUCCGAGUGUAAGGACAUCGACUGGACCACCUAUACCUGUGUGCUGGGCUACCAUGUCUUCGGAGUGUGGCCUGAGGGUUCCGAUGGUACAGACAUCAACGCCCUGAUCAGGUCCCACAACAGGAAGGUGAUCGCUCUGGCUGAUGACUUCUGCAAAGUGCACCUCUUCCAGUACCCCUGCGCAAGACCCAAGGCACCUAGCCACAAAUACAGCGCCCACAGCAGUCACGUGACCAAUGUGACCUUCAUGCACAACGACAGUCACCUGGUGUCCACGGGCGGGAAGGAUACCAGUGUCAUGCAGUGGCGUCUGGUGGAGAAGACCCCCUCAUUGGUCCCCAGUGACUCCUCCCUCUCUCUAGGGGAGGGGCUCCUACAUAACUCCAUCCUCCGUGCCGCCAUCCCAGCGGUGCCUCUGACGCCCAUCCCCACCGAGCCGGCCCCGACGCCAACCGCAACCCCUACCCCGCCCACCGUCCUCGACCUGACCUCUGACCCCACAGCGGCGCACUGCGGGGGAGUGGCUCUUGUCACACCUCCCCCCACGCCAACCUCCCCCACGACCAACGGACGGCAGGAGAGCUCCCCCGAAACCCCUCCCCCCGCCGAGCUAACCCCGCCCCCCUCUGACAGCACGCUGAGCCUCAAGGACAGCCUGGACCCCAGCGACGACACGGCCACGCCUAGCGACGAGGGCCGCCCUUUCACCCCACCCUCGUGAAGAGCCUUGGUUGUGAUGCAGCCCAGCGCUCUCUCUCCUGCUCAGCACUCCCCCUGGAGGCGCCUCGAUGUCGCUGCGUCUCUCGGGGAGCGUUCCAUCUCUGUUCAGGUCUCUUUUUGUUUUCAGUUUUAGUGUGUCUUCAUGCUCUUCUCUUUGUUUCUUUUUGAUGUCUGCGUUAUUUGGAAAAGAAUGGAGGAUGUACGUGAGACAAGGCAGUGAUAUUAGUGGUUUAUGUUGUUUUUAAAAUAAUCAGCCAACGUUGUGAGAGCGUGAGGAGAGAACGUUGUGUUGUUCUGGUUCAUACGGUUAAGUCGUGCCUGCUAAUGCUCACUCCUCAGUCCAGCCCUUAUUCAAUAUUGAUCACAUGUCUAAACUAUGUUGCCAUAGAAACGUAUAUACUCAUCUAGUCCUUACUCCAUAAUGCAACAACCUGCAAUAACACACCAUAGCAUCAUUUGCGACCACACACAACCAGUAACACACCAUCACAUACAGCUGAUGAAAACAUACUCCAUCACUCUGGGCUUUCAAACAGGUGUGUGUGGGGGGGUUAAGGUUAGAAUUAGUGUCAGGGUUAGAAUUAGGUUUAGGGUUAGCAGCUAGGGUUAGGUUUAGGGUUAAGGUUAGGUUUAGGGUUAAGGUUAGGUUUUUGGGUUAAGGUAAGGGAACAGGUUAGGGUUAGGGGUUAAGGAAAAUUGGAUUUUGAAUGGGACUGAAUUGUAUGUCCCAACAAGGUUAGCUGCGCAAGAUGUGUGUGUGUGUGUGUGUGUGUGUGUGUGUGUGUGUGCGUGUGUGUGUGUGGGCUGACAUGCAUGCAGACGGCCUUUCCCUGGCAAUAAGCUGUUCUCUCUACCAGAGUCCCUGCAGGAAACUCAUCCAUCCAGCCUCGUUGUAACGGCCAGAAAGGUUAAUAAUGAGCCAUAGGAUAUCCUGUGGCCAUGGACACAGUGACCGCACUGAACCACCAGCCACCAGUACCCAGCAGACUCUCACCUGCUCGCCCUACAAUAACAUGCUGCCAUUUUUUUCUGUUUAUUUGUAUUUCCCUUUUGGAUUUAUACCUUUUAAAAUCUUAUCCUGGGGACUGUUGCUUCUCUGCUGGAAUGGACUGAGAUGUUUUUAAGAAGAAAAAAAAAGAAUUAAAAAAAAAAAAGUCUUAAGUGUCUGCUAUCCGCCGUUUUCUACAUUUGUGUCACCCCCCGCCCCCCCCCCCCCCCCCCCC